CCUUCUGUCAUAUUUGCAUAAGUGUCUCAGUUUCUCCUUAUUUGAUAGGCGAGUCUGGUUACUAAAAAGUUUUUGUAACUUCUUUGAACCAUUUCGUAGAUAUUAACCCACGUGCAGCAUGAAGUGUCAAGAAGAGUAACUUUGAAAACAAUAUUCUAAGUUAUCCUGAAUGCUGGAGUAGAAUCUCUACAUUGAUCCGAAGUAAGGAUUUAUCAACAGCUACCGUGGAGGAAAUGGGAAACAAUCAAGGGAAAUAACUAUGAAGAGGGCCAGGGAGAAAAUAACAACUAUGGGACAACAAUUAAACCUCAACCAACACUGUAUAGAUAUGGCUGUAAACUUUUACGGUAUGGCUCUGGCUCGCCGUUUGACAAAUGGCAGGAAGUCUUCUCAUGUUGUGGCUGCAUGCAUAUAUAUAACUUGCCGAAUGGAAGGGACUGCCCAUCUUCUGAUAGAUAUUGCAGAUGUUAUAGAUAUUGACGUUUACACACUUGGCCAUAAUUUCAUGCAAAUUGCGAAAGCAUUUAACUUAAAUAUUCCAUCAGUUGAUCCUUGCCUGUACGUCAUGCGUUAUGCUAAUCGAAUGAAUUUCGGUGAUAAAACACACGAGGUGUCCAGGACUGCCUUACGUCUUGUACAGCGGAUGAAACGUGAUUGGAUUCACACUGGUCGACGGCCUUCUGGUCUUUGCGGAGCGGCAUUACUGAUUGCUGCUCGAAUUCACGGCUUUAAUCGAACAGUGCUCGAUGUUAUCAAAGAAGUCAAGGUCCACGAGAACACCGUACGAAAACGCAUGCAAGAGUUUGGCGAAACCGCUUCAAGUAGUCUGACCUUAGAAGAGUUCAUGCAAGUAGAUCUGGAAGAAGAGCAUGAUCCUCCAGCCUUUCUUAAAUCGCGUAAGAAAGACAGAAGUGACAAAGUCGAAGAAGAGGCGACGGAAGAAAUGGUUAAGCUAGAGGAAGAGAUUAAUCGGCAGAUUGCUUUGAGUCUGGCAAAGAAACGAGGACCUUGGGCGAAAUAUUCAAAAGAGGCGCUUCAACAGCCAGUCUCUCCUGCUUCGUGUACCAGUGGAAUAAGUAGUCCAUCCGCGGACCCUGAGGUGGAUGACGUUAUUGCAGACAUGACAAUGACAGCCGUCAAGGAAUGUCUGACUCCCACUGAAGUGGCCGCCGUAGAGGCGAACACCUUACCCACUGCCGGUACAACUGAUCCCGGGGCAGACGAGUCUGCUUUAAUGCCUCCUCCUGGUGCCACAUAUCUGCAACUGCGACAUCAUCUCAGGCCUUCACUAGCCAGCCUUGGUAUUUUUUCUGGAUCCGGGGAGAAGGAAGAGAUCAGCAAAGAGGAGGCCGUUGCCUCCGAUUCGGGAGAACUUGAUUUGGAGGGAAUUGAUGACUCGGAGAUGGAUACAUAUAUUAAAACAGAGGACGAGGCGAAGAUGACUAGUGACAUGUGGAUGGCCCUGAAUGGAGAAUUUAUGAAAGAGUUAGAAGCAAAACAGAAAAGAAGAGCGGAAGAAGAGGAAGAAAAACAGAAAAGGGGCGAAAAGCGCAAACGUAAGGCCGCUCGGCGGCAACCGCAAUCUUAUUCAGGUGCCACCCCAGGCGAAGCGAUCGGUAAAAUGUUGGUUGGCAAGCGGAUUUCCAACAAGAUCAAUUACGAAAAGUUGAAGGACUUGGAUUUUUCUUUUGCCCCAACAUCGUCCGUUUCCAAUUCAGUUCCGUCGACAUCGGCAGUUAUUUCUGAACCGGCAGUAGAAUCCGUUGUGCCAUCUUCAACGUCAACUAGAUCUGGCGGAGCCAAAGUAAAUUUGUCGGCUGUGAAGCCCAGAGGACCCACUGCCUUGAAAUCCGAAACGAAGCCCCUGAAAGGGAAACUACAACCGCCUUCUCCAACGCCACCUCCUCCCCAACAGGAAGAUGUAUACGAGGAAGAGGAAGAAGAAGAAGAGGAUGAAAUACAGUCUGUUGGAAACCUACUCAAUAGCUUUCAUGGAGAUGGAGGCUACGGUGGCGACUACGACGAAUACUAGCCAUUGUAGGAUACCGUAUAACAAACUGUACACACAAUUAUUGUUAUUUUCUCACCACGUCAAUUUUUCUCACCCUUUCAUUUUGUUUCAUCAGCCCUUUAUUUAACCGUUGAAUAUGUGAAUGUGCAAAACGAAAGUACCGUUGACAGCUUGACGGUUCCUUCCUCACUGCUGUUCUUCUCUUUAGUAUUACUCACUAGAGGUCGAGCGGUUUUCUCUUUAAAAAAGGGGACCAAUCUCUCACACGACACAUCCCCACGCCCAUUGACCGAAAUUUUAGUAUACAACCAUUGGUACAGCUACCGUAUACCCAAUUGCGGUAUCUAAUAAAAGAAAAAUGAAGUUUUUCUCCCUAA